CGUACACAGUAAAAAUGGCGAUGGGAAAUAUAGGCUUAUCGCUCCUGUUUGUUUUGCAUCUUUCAUUUUGUACGGAGUUCAUUUACAUAAAAUAUGAUAUUCACACAGACCUGUAUUUCAUAGAGACAGAGAAACCGCCAGCCGAUUGGAUUGCAUAUGCAAACUUUUCAAAUGAGAUUAAUUCGACCGGGUGGUCAUACUUAGAAGUAACUACUAACCCAGCAUAUCCAGAUUUUGCCCAGGCUUAUUCUGCUGGCCUGGCAGAAGGCUACAUUACUCGCCAGCUCAUUGCAAUGCAUUGGAACAAUACUGUCCAGGGUUACUGUGAUCCCGAGAGUCCAUCUGACUAUUGUAAAAGACUUGCAGACUAUGUGAAGCAGAAUUUGGCUUGGGUUAAUGACAAAAUCAAUAAACCAGAUAAUUCACCAGAAGACAAAGUGUACUGGCAUCAGGUAGAUUUAUUCCUGAAGCAGGUCAGUGGACUGCAAGAUGGCUAUGAAAACAAGCCCGCCCACCCAAGUAUAAAUUUAGACCCAUUCCAGUUCCUCAUGUUUCAAAUUGCUGGCGAUAUCGAGGACCUAGAAGAAGCCUUACAUAAACCUGACAAGUCGAGAGCUCUUGGAUCUGGAUCUUGUUCAGCACUUGUUAAACUGUUACCAGGCAACAAAGACCUUUAUGUGUCCCAUGACACUUGGAGCAGCUUUCAGUCAAUGCUGAGGAUACUAAAGAAAUAUGACUUUGGCUACAAAAUACAACAAGAUAGUGGUCCCUUGAUUCCUGGCAAAGUGAUGACCUUUUCCUCGUACCCCGGCGUGAUUUACUCUGGGGAUGACUACUAUCUCAUAAGCUCAGGACUGGUGAGCCAGGAGACAACGAUUGGAAACAAUAAUGAUAAACUCUGGAAGUAUGUGAAACCCACCUACUCUGUCCUGGAGGGCAUACGGACCAUGGUUGCUAACCGUCUGGCCACCAGCAUUGAUACUUGGGCACAGAUAUUCUCAAGAUACAACAGUGGAACAUAUAACAACCAGUGGAUGAUAGUUGACUACACCAAGUUCAAACCAGGGCAGACUCCAUCUGCUGGCCUCUUUGGUGUGGUGGAACAAAUACCGAAUAUGGUAAAAUAUGCUGACAUGACCAGAGUUUUAACUGCACAGAGCUACUGGCCAAGUUAUAACAUACCUUAUUUUCAAGAGGUGUUUGAAGCUAGUGGCUGGAUAAAAAUGGUGGAGAAGUAUGGAGACUGGUUUUCUUAUAACAAAACUGCACGAGCUAACAUUUUUAGGAGGGAUCAUGUAAAAGUGAAAGACAUCAACUCAAUGAUAGCAUUGAUGAGAUAUAAUGACUAUCAGCAUGAUCCUCUCUCUCGCUGUAAUUGCACUCCCCCAUACAGUGCAGAGAACGCCAUAUCUGCCCGCUGCGACCUGAACCCUGCUAAUGGCAGCUAUCCCAUCAAAGCCCUAGGACACAGAUCCCAUGGAGGGACAGAUAUGAAGCUGACAAAUUCAGAGAUGUUCAAGUCUCUGCAGUUUGUUGCCAUAUCUGGUCCCACAUUUGACUCUCUUCCACCUUUCCAGUGGAGCAAAACUGAUUUUGAGAAGAUUUACCCUCACGUAGGCCACCCUGACCUCUGGCAAUUUAAACCUGUGGUCCACCAGUGGAAAUUGACUUAAUAUAGUUCACUGGAGUAUCUGCACAAUCAACCUCUCCACAGAGACAUUCCUUAUUACCAUUCACUCUGUACACUGCAACAGUUGUUGGAAUAAUGCAGUGUGAUAUAACAGCUGAAGUGCCUUUUUGCACAUGGAGUUAAGAGAAAUCCAUUUAAAUGACAGAAAAUGUCACUGACUCAAUGAUACUUAAUGUUUUUAUGCCAGUAUUAAUCUGUUCAGCAAAGCUGUCAAAUGGGCAGACAUGAAUGACAAAAAAAUGAUUGAUUCAAGCAAUAUGCCUAAUGAUGUGUGAUGGCAAUCAGUCUUUCUGUAGUAACUCAAAUUUCAAACAACACUUAUUCCAAUCUUUAUUUCUUCAAGAUAUUUCAAUAUAUCAUUUUGAUCUCAACACUCAAUCUGAAACAUGCCAUCUUUUUCAGGUAACAGAUUCAGAGGCCUCUGAGGUAGUUUCAGAGACCACUAGAAGUUAACUUACUAAGGCUAUCAGUAUGCUUCUGCCAUAUCCAGUAGCUGGAAAUAACAGCUGAUAUACUGAUAGUUGAGACCAGUUAUUUCGGACACUCAUGGUGGGUGUUACUAACAUGAACUUAUUUUGUGAAAUAAAAUUCAUCAGCAUUGUUCAGCUUU